AUGAUUUUGUUUGGAAAAACUAUCUUGUCCAGAAGGGAAAAAUGGGGACCUGACAACAGGACUUGUACUGAUAGAAACGAAUGUAAUGAAUGGGGCUACUGCGACCAACUUUGUACGAACACAGAAGGAAGCUACACUUGUUCUUGCGCCCACGGGUUUUUCCCGAAAGAGAAAAAUAGAUGUCUUGCAGAAAACAGCAGUUCUCUACUGUUGUAUUUUACUCACGAUAAAGCGAUUCUUAGUAUGACCAACAAAGGAAGCAAUUUAAAGAUUCAUGCACAACCAAUAGUAAGCAUCCCAGGCGUCUCGACACUAGACAUUGACCUCUCUUUACCAGACUCAGAAUCUUGGUUACCAAUAUCUAUAGCAGUCGACUGGAUGAUAAACUAUACGUUGCUGAUUCGGUUUUUAGUAGUAAAAGGACAACAAGUUCCUAGCCCGGCUCGGCUAACUCUAUUCGAAAGCAAAGUAUAUUGGACAGACGAUAUAAAACAAGGAGUUAUAUCUGUAGACAAAUAUGAAACCAGCAGUAUUCAAUCUAUUUACAGUAUGCCCGAUAUUACAAAUCCCAAUGCCAUUAAAGCUAUGCAUGCCUUGGUACAACCCCAUAUCGCAAGCCCUUGUGGAAGUAACAACGGAGAAUGUCAGCAUAUGUGCGUCAUUACCAAAAUGGAUCCUCAUUUGGGCUUCAGAUGUGUCUGCCAUAUCGGUUUUAAAUUAGACGCCGACGAACGAACUUGCAAUUUUCUUACCGAUUUCUUAAUAUAUUCCCAGCAAACAUGUAUUAAAGGAAGAGUCUUGGAUACGAUGAUCGAAGGAUUUAACGACGCCAUACUACCAAUCAUAUCUAGAAAAGCUAGAUUCGUCGGUUUAGAUUUUGAUGCAAAGGACCAGUACAUUUACUACUCAGAUGUAUUGCAAAAUGUGAUUUACCGCAUAUACAGAAAUGGUACUGAUAGAGAAGUAGUAUUAGCUUUGCAAAAUGAAGGUGUCGAAGGUUUGGCAGUAGAUUGGGCGGCUAAAAUUUUGUAUUACAUCGAAAGCAGAAAAGGGACCUUAAAUGUAAUAUCAACUCGUAAUAUAACUUACAGGAAUACUUUGUUGAUAGAUUUAAAGAGACCGAGAGCUAUUGUGGUACAUCCUAACAAGGGUUAUGUAUUCUUUUCCGAAUGGGAUAGACCAGCUAUCAUCUCUAGAACGCUUUCCGAUGGUACUGAUCUACAUGUAUUCAAAAAUUUGACCCUUGGUUGGCCCAACGGCCUUUCAAUCGAUUUCGCUGCAGAUAGACUGUAUUGGUGCGACGCCCUCUUUGAUCAGGUCCAGCAUUCCAAGUUAGAUGGUACUGAUGUUAAAACUGUUAACUCGAGAUUGAUCAGACAUCCCUUCAGUAUAGUCAUCUACGAUAAUUUCAUGUACAUAACGGAUUGGGGAACGGAUUGGGGAUUGGACACUAUCGUAAAAUUACACAAACUUACUGGCGCCGACGAAGAAAUCAUUAUAAAAGAACCUCACAGGAACAGGCUAUAUGGCGUUAAAAUUUACAGCGAGCACCAACAACCAAUUAUAGCGACCCAUCCUUGUUGGUAUAAUAACGGUGGUUGUCAGAAAUUGUGUUUUGCAGUUCCAAGGGACGGUAUCUACGAGCUGAAUGCUAAAUGUGAAUGUCCGUAUGGAGAAAGGUUAACUGAUGACCAAAAAACUUGCCAAGCUGAUCGUAACCAUGAGUCACCAAUUCCAGCGAAAUAUCUUAAAUUAGAUUAUUUAGAAUUUGUAUUAAAGGUUCUCUAG